CGCUGCCGAUAUGGGAUUUGAAAGGUGCACCGGAGGUAUGAACUUUUUCAUGAAAUCCAAACAAUACACGCGACUCAAUCGUGUCUGUCACUUGCAGAUUCCGUUCACAUUCAAAGUAUUCGGACAAUUGAUCCGGUUGAUCCUGCGCAGAAACGACAAGAUCACAGCGUCCGACUUUCAAAUCUGGAAGCACAAUACGAAAGGUGUGAUGGAGGAGUUGUCGCUGUUGAGCGCACCGGAUCCUUGUUAUUAUCUUCACAGCGAUCACGUCGGCUCCGCAGCAGUGAGCUUCUGUCAGGAACGUGGAAUGCACGGGCUCAUCUUUUUGGAGAACAUGACACUGGAGAUCACGCCGUUGCCGAACAGCCUCGCCUCGUCGCCCUUACUCAUCGACGAUCUUUACGUCAAAGAAGAAAAGAUCGAUCUCCUGGGUGAGCCCCACCUGGUCAAGCGGUCACUGAAACAUCGCAUCGAGGAGCAACGCUUCGCACGAGCAGCUACGGAGGGCGGCGGGUUAACGUUGGAGCUUGCGGUCUUCUUCGACGAGGCUGCGUACCGUUUGUUCUCACCUUUUCUGGAUGAGGACGACAGGAAGAUCCGCGACAUGCUGCUGGCAUACGUGAACGGUAUCCAAGCAUUGUACCACCACCCGAGUCUCGGUGUCGCCAUCGACGUCUCCCUGGUACGCUUGGACAUCAUUCAGAGGCAGCCGGCCGACCUGCCGGAUUUUGGCGGCGAGAGGGCCAGCCUGUUGGACUCGUUUUGCAAUUACGCGAUGGCCCGCAAUCCCCCGGAAGACGCCCAUCCGCACCACUGGGACAUGGGCCUUUACGUGACCGGCUUGGAUCUUUACGUGAUCGAGAACGGCAGACGGAACGACGCCACCAUGGGUCUGGCCACGGUCGGCGGCCUCUGUCUCUCGCGUUACUCCUGCGUCAUCACCGAAUUGGGGGUGACGGAUCAGCUCGGCAAGCCGUAUCCAUCCGCGGGCUUCUCGUCGGUGUACAUCGCCGCCCACGAGAUCGGUCAUAACCUAGGAAUGCAUCACGAUUCGAGUGGCAACGCGUGUCCCAAGGACGGAUACAUAAUGUCACCCAGCAGGGGCACCCGAGGCGAAACGAUCUGGUCGGAAUGUAGUCGCGAGAUAGCCGAAGCCCUCCCGCGCACGAAAGUCUGCCUCUUGGACGCCUCGGUAUCGUCUUUCGAUCAUUCGCGAUAUCGCGACCUGCCUGGACGGGAAUGGACGGCCAAGAGACAAUGCGAACUGCUCCUACGCGACAAGGACGCGAACGUGGUGACGUUGCAUCAGGCGUGUCAGUCUUUGCAAUGCGGGACUCCCCGCAGAAGCGGCUACUACUUCGCCGGACCGGCGCUGGACGGAACUCAUUGCGCGGCUGGCAGAGAGUGUCGCGGCGGGGAAUGCGUCCGCGUGCGGAAGGAUGGAAGCUGGAGCGAAUGGGAAGAGGGCCCUUGCACCAGCGGCUGCUUGCAAAGGUCCAAGGGUACUCGCGUCCGGCAACGAGUCUGCGAAUACCGCACCGGCAGCUGCAAAGGCCCGCAUCGCGAUGUGCUGUUGUGCAAGGACGAGAAGCUCUGCAAGAAGAAACGCCACACGGCCGGUGAGUUCGCCACCCUGAAAUGUGGCAUCUUCAGCGACAGCCUGGCCGAGCUGGACGGCACGGCGAAGGGGCUGCAGGCGAGCCACGAGCCCGACAAGCCUUGGAUGGCCUGUGCUGUAUUCUGCCGGCGAAGAGACAUCGCCGCGUACUACGCGCCGCGCGCCGAACUGAACGAUUUCGGCCUCGAUCCGUACUUCCCGGACGGCACGUGGUGUCACGCCGAAGAAGGCCGAGAUUACUACUGCCGGCAGCAUCACUGCCUGCCGGAAGACUUCGCAUUUGGGAAGAGCGGCUGGCAGCGCCGAGAGAACCGUUCCGAUCGGCUCGCCUCGCGCGACAACGCUUCUUCACUGUCUGACGAGUGGAUCGAUUACAUCGAGCUGCCCGCGUGAUGUUAUCCUUGUAAUAUAUCCCCGUAUCGGAUAUUAAAAUAAGACCGAAUCGACUUUUGUAGGGAACAGCCGCACCGGUGAGUUGCUUUAAUAACUAUAGCCUGUCUAAUUUAUUAAUGAUACAUUUAUACGAGUAACGGAACGAUAUAUCAGUUACACACGUUUUAACGCAAGAAAAUUCAGACUGAAUUAUUAGAAUUAUAUUUUCGCAUGUUAAAAACGCGUAAAUCCGCAGCAAUUUCAAAAACAAUCCCGAGAAGAAGGUUGGUUUAUAAAAGGCUUGCUGCAAAAUUAUUAUCAAAGAAACUCGAGAGGAAAUAACGAAAAAAAUACGUAUCAAUCCGAUGGUAUUAUUGUUUUUGCCUUAAAGUGCUUCUCGAACGAUCCCGGUAGCAUCAUUAUUGCGAAAGUUACAGCUUGUUGAAUUUCGCCUAUGUUUUAUCACAAUGGAAAGUACAUCUGACCAGCCCUUUACUUGAGAAAUAGAAAAUGAAAUGCUUCAUCGCUCAUUCAUAUCACGAUCUCAGCUUCUCGUUGAAUAUAAUGGCGAUUCGUAGCGGGGAUUCCGCAACUAAAUUUCAGGAAAAUAACGGGUCUAAUAAACCCGUUGUUUCUCUAAUGGGUAUGUUAUUAAUGUAACGGUUCUGUCAUUUAGUUCUAGAAUCUCCGCUACGAGUCGCCACAAUGCUGAACGAGAAGCUGAUGUCGUGAUAUGACUAAACGAUGGAGUCGGCCGUACUUCUAUUUCUCAAGUAGUAUGACUCAAGAGCUAGUCAGACGUGCUUUCCAUUGUAAUAAAACAGAGACGAAAUUCAACAGGCUGUAACCCGUUUAAGGAGCACUUUAAGGCUUCAAGUCUUUUAACCACAUUAGCUAUGUUAAUGUUGUCAUUAAUUUUUGUUAAGAUAUUUCGAGUUAAACGAAAAAUGGCGACCGCUCAAUUUCAAACCGCUCGUUCGGCUUUCAGUCGAGUUUUUAGAGCGAAAAAUGAUUUGAUUCGAAAAUGUGAUGCAGACGUUUUAAAGAGAAAACUUUAAACUUUUCAUUUGUUAACGUACACUCAGUUACGGAACGGUUUCAACAGCUUUUGUUUCUUAUAUUUCGGAAAAAUUACGACGAAGCUAAGAAGCUAUGAAUUGACGAUCAUGCGCAGUAGGUGAUCUGACAGCUGUUAAAUUACAUGUACAAGGUGUAGGCAUAAAGAUAAGUAAUAGAGCAAUAUAUUAGUUACACACGCUUUACAAUACAAGAAAAUUAAGACUGAAGAAUUAUAUUUAUAAAUUAUAUCGCAUUUGCGUUUGUUAAAUACGCGUAAGCCCGACGAAGAAUAAGGUAAGAUUCACAUGUUCAAUGUUAUGCUUAUUCUUCAUAUUCGUAUGAUUGUUCUUGCUUCAAGCAUCAUCGGAUUGAUCUAACCUAAGACAGUCUUAAAUAGAAGACCUGAUUUGUAUUCUGAAAUGAAAAGUUCAUAUUGUUGGAAGAAGAUUACCGUACAUUUCAUUCAAAUAUGGAGUUAUUCAAAACAACACAUUCAUUUUUUUCAUGCAAUUAUUUUAAAUGUUACAACAAGAUUUAUUAUUUUCAAAAUAUUAUGAUCUGUAGUGGACCUUUCGUGAUCCUGCAAUAACAUUAUGAUAUUGUUGAAAUUCAAGAAUAUUAAAUUUUGUAAGAAUAUAUUCUUGCUCAUGUAUGAAACAAUGAUUGCGUCUAUUAGAAUAUAAAAGUUUUGAAUUGAUAUUUGAUUUUUUCCGUGUAUAGGUGUGACGUACUUUUCAAACCUGCACAAAUGGGCGAAAUGUAAGAUUAGCUUGGAACUUUACGUGGGAGCAUAUUUUUCAUUUCUUUCAACACUCCUCAAAUCAUGUAUUUUCCUGUAUGAAUAAGUCUCGUUUCACGUGUUUCUUACGACUAUUUAUUGAGGAGAAAGGAUAGUUUCUUCCCCAUUUUCACAAGUGUACUCUAUCAAUCUCAAUUGUUAUUUUAUUCGAAUAUCUCUUUAUUUGCAAAUGGCACGUAAGAAAUAUAAACGUGUCAUUUCUCAUCUAUGAUGUGAUUUCAAUAUCACGACGACUAGUCCAGGAGCGCAAAAUUAAGUUGACAUGGAACCUUCUUGUCAUUUUCUUAUGAUUUUGUCGUUGUUAAUUUUACGACGAUUUCUUGAUCGUUCGAGUAAAAGAAAAAUGUUCGUCCAAUUUUACAAGUUCACUGAUCACAAACGUCAUUUUGUGGAUACAUCUUUUUAUUUCAAAGUAUAACGCAAAAAAUCUUGACAUGCGCUUCUAACGUCAUUAAACAAGGACAGCCACAGCAAUUACUCCGGAGCCUUGAUAAGUUAUCCACUUAAUUGCCAUUGUCAAUUAUAUUAUUGACAUCUUCGAGACGUACUUCCCAUUAAUUUUACAGCAUACUUUCGAAAUAAAAAUGCUCGUAUGAACGAAUCUGUUGCAUCGUGUACGUUCUUUUUCUACUCAACUUCAUUUUCACUAAUGCUCAGACAUUUUCCAUUGGAUUUACAUGUGGUAACUGUGAUGGUCAGUCUGAUGUUUCGUCGUCAUUUUCUUCCUUCUAUUGGGAGCAAAGACGAUCCCAAUGUUUUGGGUCGUUGUCCUCUUGAAGGAUCCUGGCCUUUACAUCGAAACUACUUUUCUGCAGAUUAAGAACCGUCUCAAUGCUUAUAUCGAUCCGAUUCGAUUUAUCCUACACUCCGGCGUUAAACACGUCGUUCCAAGUCGAACAACAACUGAAAUUCUCUGUAUAAUGUGUCAUAAGGGAAGAGUUCUUUUACCUAAUCGCUCAACUUUUCGAUGCAACAGUUUCCAAAUAGAAGUUUAUCCGGUCACGUUAUUAGACAGACCGUAAUUGUCCAGUUGUCUCUCGUGGAAAGAAAAUAAAAUUAUUAUUAAUUGACAGGCUUUUACUGCGUGGUGGAGUACAAUUUUUUAGUAGACGUAGACGUGCGCUCUCCUUGAAUCGUGUGAAAAAGUCUCGGGAGAUAGGCCGCGCGCGCGAGAGAGAGGGGGAGAUGACGUCAACCCACUUUGCCGCCUAUUUUAAGAGUGUCUCGAUAUUAUAUUCGUACAGGAGCGGGGCUUGCGGAGAAUCGAGGGCAAUAAAGAAAGAAGAAAAAAGGAAGCAGCGUGUGUUGUAUCGUGUAACUUAGUAACCUUCGUAUUAUUUUGCGUACAAAUAAUUAAUCAACCAUUAAACUUAGGAGCACGUUACGUAACAGGACAUGUGGCUCGACGUUAUAAACGUGUUACAAUCGCGCCGAUGCGUGCGCUAGUGAUUCUGCCUUAACACUUAAUAUAAACAAGAAUUCCUCCUCAUUACAGAGAUUUAUAUGUGCGAGAAAAGAAAAAAAA